ACAGAUCCAAUUUUGGAUGAUGUAGGUGAUGCCUUCAAGCUUAUGGGGGUUAACCUGCAUGAGCUAGAAGAUUAUAUACACAAUAUCGAACCUGUCACUUUCGCACAUCAAAUCCCUUCGUUUCCCGUCAGCAAGAACAAUGUCCUGCAGUUUCCCCAGCCGGGAAGUAAAGAUGCGGAAGAAAGGAAGGAGUACAUCCCUGAUUAUAUGCCACCUAUUGUCUCCUCUCAAGAAGAAGAGGAAGAGGAACAGGUGCCUACCGAUGGAGGUACAUCUGCAGAGGCCAUGCAGGUGCCACUGGAGGAAGAGGGAGAUAUGGAAGAGGACGAGGCGAUUAAUGAUGAGAACUACUUGAGCAAGAGACCGUUAGAAAGUCCUGAUGCUGAGGAAUUUCCACCUGUGAAACGGCCAAAACUUUCUGUUUCUAAAGGGGACACCUUGGACGGAGCUUUGGAACCACGUGAGCCUCUUAGCUCAAUAAAUACUCAAAAAGUACCGCCGAUGCUUUCUCCAGUUCAUGUUCAGGACAAUACAGACUUAGCCCCUCCUUCACCAGAACCGCCGAUGUUGGCUCCCAUUGCAAAAUCGCAAGUGCCAACCCCCAAAACUUUAGAGUCAAAGCCGUUUGUACCCAAAACAAAGUCCAAAACAAGUUCUCCAGGACAGAAGACAAAAUCACCUAAACCUACACCCUCACCAGUGGUAACUGGAAGUCCUAUACGUUCACCAAAAACUGGAUCCAAAGAGAAAAAGUCACCGGGUCGCGCCAAGAGCCCCAAAAGUCCUAAAAGUCCAAAGGUUCCUGCUCAUGUUCCCCAACCACCUGUCAAGCCUGAAACACCAAGUAGAACCCCCCUGGCUGCAUUAAGUGACAAGAUAGGAAAGGAAAACAUUCAAGUAAAACAAGGACAGACGCCACCUGAGCCUGCCACCAAGCCAAAUAUUGAAAACCAGACUAAGAAACUACCAGUAAUGGACAAGACCAUUGAUGACUCAAUCGAUGCUGUGAUUGCUCGUGCCUGUGCAGAACGAGAACCAGAUCCCUUUGAGUUUUCCUCCGGUUCUGAAUCAGAAGGGGAAAUUUUUACCAGUCCUAAAAGACUUUCUAUUUCAGAGACUACAACUCCUAAACCUUCUGUUUCUGCCAAUAAUGCAAAUAAAGCAGGAGCAACUCCAAUACCUCCCUCAGGUGGGACUUCAAGUUCAGACAUUUCAUGGACAAUGGAUGACUCAAUUGAUGAAGUCAUUCGAAAGGCAAACAUGGGGACACCUUCUAAUCCACCUACCAACUUCACUUAUUUCUCCUCUCCUUCUGCUUCACCACCAACUCCAGAACCUCUUCUCAAAGUCUAUGAGGAGAAAACCAAGUUGGCUUCAUCGGUAGAAGUGAAAAAGAAAUUGAAAAAGGAGCUGAAGACAAAAAUGAAGAAGAAAGAAAAACAAAAGGAAAAAGAUAAAGAGAAAAACAAGGAGAAAAACAAGGAGAAGGAAAAGAACAAGGAGAAGGAUAAAGACAAGGAAGGAAACAAGGAAGCGAAAUUUCAGUGGAAGGAACUACUCAAAGAUGAUGAUCUUGAUCCCUAUAAAUUCAAACUAAAGGACUUUGAGGAAGCUGACACGAAAGUAAAGUUGAAAGAUGGCAAUACCAAAAAAGAGAGAGAAAAACAUAAAAAGAAAGAGAAGGAGAAAGGCAAAAAAGACAAGGAUAAGAAAGACAAAGAGAAACUUAAAGAUAAGGGUAAGGAAGAUAAGAUAAAAGCUCCAUCAGCACCUCUUGUGUUACCUCCCAAAGAAAUGUCUUUGCCCUUGUUCAGCACACCAACUGCCAUGAGGCUUCCCAGCAUGUUACCUUCCUUGUCUCCAAUGCUUCCUGACAAACUCUUUGAGGACAAAGAGAAACCAAAAGAGAAGAAGAAGGACAAAAAAGAGAAGAAGAAAAAGAAAGAAAGGGAGAAGGACAAAGAAAAGGAAAAGAAGGAGAAGGAAAAGGAGAGGAAAGAAAGAGAAAAGAAAGAGAAAGAGAAAGAGAAACACAAACAUGAAAAGAUAAAGGUGGAACCAGUUGUUCCAGCUCCAUCACCGGUUAUUCCUCGGCUGACAUUAAGAGUGGGUGCAGGCCAAGACAAGAUAGUCAUCAGCAAAGUGGUGCCAGCUCCAGAGGCCAAAAAUUCUACUCCUGUGAGCCGCCCCAAAACACCUCCACCCGUACCGUCACCAGUACCCGCUCCUGUUCAUGUCACCCCUCCUCCAGCUCCAGCUGCUCCUCCUCCGCAGGCUACUGUCUCACCGGUCCUGAUCCCACCGCCUUCUCCAGCCGUCUCAGCAGCAGGAGGCUCCAAAGCUCCGGUCAGGAGCGUGGUGACCGAGACCGUCAGUACUUACGUGAUCCGCGACGAGUGGGGUAACCAGAUCUGGAUCUGUCCUGGCUGUAACAAGCCAGAUGAUGGCAGUCCAAUGAUAGGUUGUGAUGACUGCGAUGAUUGGUAUCACUGGCCUUGCGUUGGGAUUACGACUGCACCCCCGGAAGAGAUACAAUGGUUCUGCUCCAAGUGCGCCAACAAAAAGAAAGACAAAAAACACAAGAAGAGGAAGCACAAGGCGCACUGA